AUGACGAGCCCCUCGUUGCUGCCGCCGCGCGCCGCCGCCGCCCACGGGCCGCCGCCACCUCCGCUGGCGCCGCUGGGCCGCUGCGGCAGCCGCCCCGACCUGCGGACAGUCACCUUCGCCGCCCGCGGCCCCGAGCCCGAGGCGCUCGAGGCGCUGCAGCUCACCGGCCGGGGGGCCCCGCAGGCGGACUCGCUGCGGCGGGGAACUCCCCUGAGCUCCAGGUCCUCCCCGCCAGCAGCCGCUGAACGGCGUGGUUCUGCAGGCGGCGGCGGGUCAGCGGGCAGCACCGCUCCCAGCUUGGCCGCGGGGGCGGAGGACGGCCCGGGCUGGGAGUACGCCGCCGUGGGCGGCGCGGACUUGCUGGUCGGCCCGUUCGGCGCCUCCGGCGGGGCGGCUGCUUCCCCGUCCUCCUCGUCCGUCGUGAAGGCGUCGAGACCUUCCCCACCAGGGCGCCUUCGGCAGGGCGCCCAGUCGGACGCGCGCCACCGCAGGAUGACGGCGCUGGAGCUCCGCGCCAGCGAGGCCGUCCGCCAGCGCUUGCAGACUGACGGCCUCCUGCGGCAGGAGGAGCUCUUCCUCCAGCGCUCCGAG